AUGGAUGACGCUCAGUUUAAGGCGGAGGGUAAAAAGAUCGAGAAGAUUAGCGGGAAACGUGGAGAACACGCAAAGAAUCCGGUGACUUUUGAUAGUAUUUGCAAGGAAGUUAUGUUACGUGAGAAAAUAUUUCGACGCGGUUGGUCUAAAAAGUACAAGCACAUGACCGGUGAAUUUUUUAAGAAGGUGCUAGCCGAAGAAUGCAGAAAGGAGGGACUUCCGGCGGACACUUUCGAACGCAAACCGCCGGAAGAUGCGAUUAUGCGUUCACCGAUACCUCUGAAACCGUCGCCGUUUAUUCCCAGAACGACAUCCGGCAUGGUGGGCCUUCGAUCAUCUCGUCCAGAAUACAACCUCGAGUUCACGGGUCGUUGGUACAUUUCACCAAAAUGGACGAUAGAACCACCAAUGGAAUCUGAUGAAUUUCGCGUUACCCAACAACGAUUCAUCUUUCUCGGUUAA